AUUACUUAGCAGAACAUGGCUAACAGGCAACUGCGAAGUGAAGAUUUGAAACGCGCCCUGAAGGCAUGCAUCGUCCAACCGGUAAUAAGAAAAUAUCAGGUAGUAGCCGUUCGUGCGAUGUGGGGAAGUGAUGUUGAUGCCCGCGAGGUCAUUUGGGGCAAGAGAAUGCAGAUGGAGAACAUAUUGCUUAGCAACGAACAAGUAUCCUGUUUUUUUUCUUGUAUUACCUAUAUGGCCAGACCUCGUAAGAGAAAGUCGAUGAGGAAUGAAGGGGAGGAAGAAGAAGGAGCCGACUCUAGCAGUGAAGGUGAUAACAGAAACGGCGCAAAUGCGCCUGAAACAUUUCCUGGCAUUUCUUUCUGGAUCGCGUGCGACUUGCCAAACUGUACCUUAAGUCAAUUUGAAACAAAUUUGUCGAAGUCUUUUAUGCAAGCCGGGUUGAAUUUAACAACGUGCAAUGCUAUACAGACAAGAGGUAAAUACUUGAACCUUUUAGUACUUGAAAUACUGUCAAUGUUUUUCGAAUAUUUUACGCCACAUUUGAUAUUUGUAGGCAAAACCAGUGCAUUGCAAGCAUUCUCAGGAUCGUUAUACCAAGUCUUGAAAGACCACAAUAGGGAAGAAGCAAAACGGAUAGUUGAGAUAUCCCAUCGCACAAUGAUUAGGAGUGCAGCUAGAGAUGAAGGUGUUCAACUUGACCACGUUGCUGUAAUGGAGAGCGAACAGUACUCGAUGAAACCCUGUCAGUUAAUUCUAACAAAAAAUAUUGAUAAAGAGGUAUAUCAAGAUGUAAUUCGUGGUUUAUCCGAAAUCAGAUUUACAUCGCUUGAUUUAAAAGUAAUUGAUAAAUCGGAAGGCACAGAAGUAACUAUUCCCGUUAAGCCAACUAACAAACUUUGUCAAUCCGUGGAUAUAGUUCGAAGGAUGAUGGAGAGGAAUAGCUUUGGACUGUGCAAUGGAGGUGUAUACAAAAAGAUAGGAGAAAGCAGAUACACAUACGUUUACUGUUGUUCGGUGAAAAGCUAUCUCUAUCGCUCGUUGAAAAACAAAGCAAUCGCCAAUGAAAUUACGCCAAAUUUACGAGAGUUGGUAUUUUUGCUGUCGGACGGCGAGUGUCAAAUAAUUGAUCAAAUAACUCUGGAUUACAAUUACAUUGAAUGCUUGCCAAAUGGAGUUUGUUAUAACAUCGCCAAAAAAUGUUUCGAUGUCAAGCCAAAUUUAAAGGGAUCUCCCCGAGCAUUCGUACGGUACUUUCAUCGUGAGGGAAAAAAUCCCGAACCAAAGCCAUUUAUAGAAGGUGUCGAAAAUAGCUUCCCAGAUAGAAAUGUGCGGUUGCGUUUUUAUCAAAAAUGGUACCAAAUUUUGCUCGCCGGUCAGUAUCCCAUGAAAGAAAAGAAAUUGUUGCUGGUAGGUCCUCCUGAUAGUGGAAAGACUAGUUGGUUUGCUCCAUUUCAAGGCAUUAUUCCAGAAAUGUACAUUGCUGGCGUGGUUCGGGAUGGUCGAUUCUCAGGCCACCUGAUAAAUAGAAAUACACAAGUCGUAUUUAUGGAUGAAUGGACUAGCGACAGUCUAUGUUGUGAAGAUGCAAAAAGAAUAUUGCAAGGCGGCUUGGUUAUGAUCCCGCAAAAACACAAAGAACCGGCCCGUUUUCAAUACAAUUCGGGUUUUUUUAUAACAACUAAUAUAAUGCCGGACUUCGGAAAUGGUGUAGAUGGUGAGGCUAUCCUGCGUCGUCUUGAAGUUUUCGAAACUAAGACACUUCGAGUGAAGGACAAUAGCAUAACAAGUAAGUAUCUCAUGAGAAUAAAUGAUAACAAUGGUGUAAAUCAAUAUGCAUAA